AUUGUUCUGUGGUAUUACUUGUAUAGAAAUUUGCACGUCAGUUCGUCAGUUAUCGGACAAUUUUGAAUUUACAAUUUUAUAAUUUUUGUAAGUGUUAAUCAUUAAUUAGUCAGUGUUAAUGUUGUUACCGGUUCAACAAUGCGUCGAUUUUUCUUUUUAUUGUUUCUAUAAAGUGAAGAAUAUUUAGAAUAAUAAAAUACUGGUGAAUACUGAGUAAAACAUUUCUACUUUCGAUUGUGGAUUUUGUGAAACAGUACUUAAAUGUUCCAUUAGUGUAGGCGUAUAGUGACAUGGUGUUCAUACAUUGAAUACUAACAUACAUGCAUAGUAUUAAAAUCAACAAUUAAAAAAUGGCCAUUAAGAGAUCUAUUGUCAACUUGUUUGAGAAGUCGGGUAAUGUCGGUCCACAGCCAAAUUUGCUGAAAAUGCUUAAAGACAAAUUUCUUGAAAUGAAUUGGAAGGAAUUUUUUGCGUUGUUCAUGGAUGCAACUAUAUCUGUUAUAGUUUCACAAGCCCCAAUCAAUUGUGUAACAGUCAACAAUAUGAUCAAGUUUGCUGCUAGUAGUGUAUCUAUAUUAUCUGAACACUCAACUAAGGACGGUCGCAGUGGUUUGUACUUGAUAUCUGAGUUUUUCCAAUUGUGCCGUGCAUAUGGACAUGCCAGUGAUAAAGCUAUUAGAUAUAGGUUUUGUCUAUUUCUUAACCACUUGUUGAAUCACAUGACUGAAGGAACAGUUUUAUCUGUAGAAUUAUGUGAAGUUGCAUCAAUGUUGUUGGUAAACCGCGUACAAGACAAGAAACCAGAAGUUCGAGCACAAGCUAUACAUGGUCUACGUUUGUUGCAAGCAACAGACAAUCCUAAAUGUCCCAUUGUUAAAAAACUCAUGUUCCAUAUGACUUGUGAUUCUAGUGUUGAAGUUAGGACAGCUGCUGUUAAAGGAAUUGCAAUGUUUAACAAUGUUGUUGAAGAAAUCUUGAAUAACACAUUAUUUGAUGUUAGUGAUAACGUCAGAAAAGAAGCUUACAAUCGUUUGUUAGAAUAUCCAUUUGCAAGGUUUUCGUCCAAGCAAAGACAAAUAAUAUUGGAAACAGGAUUGGAAGAUAAAAAUGAAUCUAUUAAAUCAUUAGUGAAAAAACGAUUUUUGGAGAGCUGGUUAGAUGCUUGUGACAAUGAUUUUGUAGAGUUAUUGAUUAAUUUGGGAGUGGAAAAUGAAAUUAUAUGUGAAACAGCUUUGAAUAUAAUAUUUGAGACCUAUUAUGACAGUCAAGUUUUGGAUUUAAUAAAUACAUAUUUAGAUAUAGAUUCAAGAAUGAUUCCAUUUGAUAAAUUAACUGUAGAAAAAAUUUUUCUUUGGAAAUGCAUAGCCAAAUAUUUAACUACCGAGAAAAAAAUUGAUUUAGCUCGCCACCAAGGACAUGUUGAUGACCAUUUCAUUGAUGUUUUAUUACCAGAUUUGGUAAAGUUUUCUGAUUAUAUACGCGAAUACUAUUUUAAUUCUACAAAUAGUGAAGAAUUUAUACUGAUACAGUUGUUGGAUAUGACUAGUGAAUUUGCAAUAGAUGAUGUUGGGGCAAAUAGUCUAAAUAAACUUUGCUUAGAUUUGAUAUUAGAUGAUAAUACGUCUGUAAAACCAAUCAAAUCUGUGGCAGUAUUAUUUGGUUUAACUUUUAUUAAUGGUCAAGAUCUUUUAAAUUAUGUUAAACUAAUCUUAAAUAAAAUUCAAACAAAAACUAUUGAUGUUUACCCUUUAGUUGAUAAAGUUGGUACAAAAGAAUUGUGUGAACAUAAUUUAGAAUCACUAACUGAUAAAAUUGAGGAACUAUUAAAAGAUGAAUCAGACGAAGUUACAGAUGAAGUAGAAUCAUUAAUAAUUAAAUUGAAGAAAUGCAAAAAACAGUAUAAAGAAAUAAGUGUAUUGCCAGAUGAAAUAAUAUUAGCAGAUAUGGCUGUAAAAAAUAUACUCAAGGUGUUUGAACUGAUUUUUCAAGUACAACAAUUACAAAAAGUUGGUACUGAAUUUUCUCUCUUAACAGAUAUUGUUCAGAACAUUGUUGUUGGUUACUUGGAUUGUUCAAAGGUAAAUGUACGAAUGGGAGCAAUUCGUUCUCUUUCACCAUACUUGUUGGUAAAUAAUAUUUCUGCAGCCAAAGAACACAUGAAUACUUUAUGUAGUGAAAUAGCAAAACCUAUGACUGAUAGGCACUUGUUAUUUCAAAUAAUGUUUGAACUGUUCAUGCGUUAUGAUCUCAAAACUUUUGAUAUGAACGAAGACUUGGAUACAGAUGAAGAAUAUGAAGAUGACUUUUGUGUUGAUAAUAUUUUACCAUUACUAGUUAAUUGUAUUGAUUAUGAAAUCGACGAUAGUAGUUUUAAGUCAGUGGUCUUAAAAGGUUUUUGUGACUUAUUGAUAUUUAGCAAAGUCAAGUCCAUAAAUUUACUAUCUAAACUUUUGAUAAUAUGGUUUAAACGUUUAACACGUGAUACAUUCAGUAUAUACAAUCAUUUGGUAAAAUUUUUUACAUCUUAUGUGUUUUACAUUGAUUCAAGUAGUAGUGUAUUGGCCAUGUGCUAUGUUCCAGUGUUAAAAGAGAUUAAUGAUUACAAUUUAGGAGAAGCGUUGGAUAUUAAAAUAGAUGAAGUGAACUCAACUUUAAUAAACCUCACUCGAGGACUCAUGUACAAGAAUCAAAAAAAGGCUGUUAACGCUCAUGGUGAACUGGCAUGUUACAUACUUGAUUAUUUACUAGAAGAAGACCAGCCAUAUAUGGCUAUGUUAGUUGAUACCCUGUAUAAGUUGGAAAUUGACUUUGACAACAGCAAUGGAUUGGUAAACUCAAUUGGCCCAAAAUUGCUGCGUGUUAUCAAAUAUUUAAAAAAUUCAGAUGACAGAAACAGUUCAAAAUAUUUGAAAAAAAUUAAAAAUAAAUUUGAUCCAGUAUUGCAGAAAAAGGAAUCUUUUAUGAAAAAAAAUAAUAAAAAGAAAGUUGAUGCUACUGAAAAGGGAGUUGGUUCUACUGAAAAAGAAGUUGAUUUCACAGGUAAAGAAGUUGAUUCUACAGAAAAAGAAGUCGAUUCCACAGAAAAAGAAGUUGAUUCCACGGAAAAAGCAGUUGAUCCCUCAGAAAAAGCAGUUGAUCCCACAGAAAAUAAACUUGAUGUUACUGUAACAGAUACAGAUCAGACCCAAGAACCUUCUACUAGCAACCAAGAACCAGACUUGAUAGAAGCUCAUGAUGAUUUGUUUUCAGAAGAUAAUUUAAUUAUGAUCCCGAGUAGUGAUGAUGAAGACAACAGCAUAGACGGAAUUCAGACUACAAAACUGGAUGCAAUGAAACGUAUGUCAGAGGUAUUCAAAAGAAGUUUCAUCUCAAAUGUAAAUACAUCUGAAUUAACUGAUGAUGAUGGUGAUUAAUUCAAUUAAUUUAUUAUUUUAUCAUUAAAUAUUAAGUGUAGAACUUGCUCAAAAUAUAUUUUCUGCUGUUUGUACUACUUGUCAUUACUUUUGUACUAGUGAAAACUUAAAACAUCAAGUAUUGGUCAUAAUCUGUUAGGAAUAUUUGAUAAUAUUUAUUUUGUAAUUUGAUUUUUUAAAAUAAGUUAAAUAUAAUGCUUUUUAUGUACAACAAUUAAUAUAUAAUAUUAUGUUCCAGUGGACUUUAACAACAUACGUUUUAUGUUGAAGUAGAGUGUUUGAAUAAAUAUGUUUUUAUAUAUA